CGCACACGUGGAUUCUACUGUAACGUUACUGUUUACAUGGUAGCCCAUCAGCGUCGCUGCUAACCCAUGCUGUAAAGGAACUUUGAAAUAGUAUAUUUGUAUAUUACAACAACGUCAACCUUUUUUCCAAACUCAGCGUGCCUUCGUAAUGUUACGUUGUUGAGUUCUGCCUCUCAUAUUUAAAUUCCUGUCUAGUGCUAAGCUGUUGUAAGCUAAUUUAUCCGAUAUUGCGACUGGAAAUAAGUUAUGGCAUACGUCUAAUGUUACAUUAGUCACAGUUACAGCCUUCUUGAGAAAACAAUUGUCACCCUUCUUGCCAGAUUGCGUUUUUAUAUCUUCACCCAUUCUGGCCCAUUUGUAAUUCACUCAUAUUCUACAAGAGGAUGCAAAAAUGAUGUCUAUGAAAGAACUGCAGUUGUUACCCUGUGACCCGCAAGACAAAAACACCCAAAGAUGCCGAAUCGGUCCAGGUCUAAUGGCCAGCCUCAGACUUACUAUUGGAACACCUGUCCUGAUUUCUACACCUGGAGGAGCCUGCCUUUGCACAGCUUGGCCACGAAGUGACUUGGCGGAGGGAUAUUUUCAGUUUGAUACCAGAUGUGCUACACCUAAUUUCAGCCGUUCAAUAUACAAAUCACUUCCUUUUAACUGUGAAGAUAUUAGACCACUGAAUUGUCCAAAACUGAAACGUGUCAAAGUAAACGUUGUUGUGAAAAGCAUGAAGUUCAAGAAAAUGAUGCCCUCUCAUUUAAUUAGUGAAAAUGUGAAGGAAAUUCUAAGUGGUAUGUAUGUACAUGAAAAGCAUAUCAUCACCAUCAGUUCUUUUGCAACUGAAAUGACCUGCAUUCACAUUGAGAAUGCUAACUCAGGCUCCACCAAGGCAGGCCUAGUCACAGAGAAGACUUUUUUGGAAAUAGCAGCUGUCAUCACCCUUGCAGAACACCGUCGAAGAACUGCUGAGGAAUUGCCAAGGAUAUCCAUGGGUGGGAUGGAGGAUAUCUAUGCCUCACUGAAAGAGCUCAUUAAUUUGCCUCUCUUUUAUCCCAACACCCUAAGAAAGCUAGGCGUGUCGUGUCCCAGAGGGGUACUGCUAGUUGGGCCACCGGGUGUAGGAAAGAGCAUGCUAGUGCGAAGCCUGGUAAACGAGGUCGGUGCCACUCUGAUAACGAUUAACGGACCCGUGAUCCUUGGAUCCAGGCCUGGAGAGAGUGAGGAGAACUUGAGGGCCAUGUUCCAGCAGGCUCAGGCAGCUUCUGAAGAGGGACGAUGUGUCUUGUUCAUAGAUGAGAUAGACUCCCUGUGUCCGAAGAGAGCAGGCUCAUCAAGCGCGCCAGAGAACAGAGUGGUGGCCCAGUUGCUGACCUUGAUGGACGGCAUCGCCAGUAAAGACCACUUUGUCAUAAUUGGAGCAACAAAUCAGCCCGACACAUUAGAUCCUGCUCUUAGGAGGCCUGGCAGAUUUGACAGAGAGGUCAUCAUCGGUGUUCCAACCCUUAGACAAAGAAAAUCAAUCCUGGAAUGUGUAAGUGACAAGAUGCCCCUCUCAAGCAGUGUUGAUUUCACUGCCCUGGCUGAAGUGACCACUGGAUAUGUGGGUGCUGACCUGAGUGCCCUCUGCAGGGAGGCCGCUCUUGAGGCCAUCCUCCACUCCCCAGAGGGCUCGGAGGAGAAAUCCAUUGGAAUGCACCACUUCCAUGAAGCCCUAAAGCGGGUACAGCCUUCUUGUUUAAGAAGCAGUAUUGGCCUGACCGAUUACAAGCCAAUCUCCUGGGAACAGAUAGGGGGACUUGAUGACGUGAAACUCAAAUUAAAACAGAGUAUUGAGUGGCCCAUGAAAUACCCCGAGUCGUUCAUAAGACUGGGCCUGUCACGCCCCAAAGGUAUACUUCUCUACGGGCCACCAGGAUGUGCCAAGACCACCCUGGUCAAAGCUGUGGCCACCUCCUCACACUGUGCCUUUCUGUCUGUCAGUGGAGCUGACCUCUUCUCACCCUUUGUUGGAGACUCUGAGAAGGCCUUGGCGCAGCUGUUCCGUCAGGCAAGGGCCUGUGCCCCCUCCAUUGUGUUCCUGGACGAGGUGGACACCAUCCUGGGCUCCAGAGGGGGCGCUCGUGCUGCCCACAGUGUCCAGGCCCAGGUGCUGUCAGUGCUGCUGAACGAGCUGGAUGGGGUCGGCCUUAAGACGGCCGAGAGGAGAAGCACCCAGAAGAAGCUGUGCGAGUCCGAGGGGCAUCCAGAGUCCCAGCAGGAGCAGCAGAUGGAGUUCCAUGAGGUUUGCAACAAAGAUGUGAUGAUUGUUGCUGCAACAAAUCGCCCUGAUGCUUUGGACAGUGCCCUGAUGCGUCCUGGCAGGCUCGAUCAGAUCAUCUAUGUACCACCCCCAGACUAUGAGGCUCGACUGGCCAUACUGAGGCUUUGCACAGAAAGGAUGCCGCUGGAUUCAGAUGUGUCCUUGGAAGAACUGGCGACUCAAACAUCACUCUUCUCUGGAGCUGACCUAGAAAAUCUAUGCAAAGAGGCGGCUCUUUUGACUCUUCAUGAGGAGAGCAUGGAAGCUUCCAGAAUCCAGCAAAAAUACUUCAUUAAAGCCUUGCAAAAUGUGAAGCCCUCCCUCAAUGUACAAGAAAUAGAAAAUUAUCAACACCUUUUUACAUGAAUGAUGUUCCCAUGGCAAGCGAAAAAAUGUAUGUGUAUACAUGUGUAUAUAUGUUUAAUGUUUAUUUUAAAUAAAUAUGCAAAAUAUGUAGUGUAGGCCUACUACACAUCCUGUCUAGUGAUUAUACAAGGUGCUUUGUUUCUAGUGAUCCUAUCCUUGUUUUGUGAGAUCCUUGUGAAUACCUAUUAUUGUCAAUGAGCAUUUUGCGGUCUUGCUCGGAAAUACUGAGCAGGUGCAAUACGUUUAGAGCUGUGGUUAUUGAAAAGAAACAUCUGCAUGCUUUUGGCGCCAUCUGUAUCUCUUCACGUUCAUUUAUUUAUGGUAUGGUAAAGCCAUCAGGGGGCGUUCCUGUCCCUUGGUGACAACUAACUUGUUCUGCAUAAUUAGUUUCUGCGAUUGAUUUUGAUACCGGACGUUUGUGUACGUGCCUUGAAACUCGUAUCACUUCUACGGUGGUGAGCUAUAAGGGUUCGUAUCAGGAUGCUGCUCACAGACGCACCUUGAACUGCCAAUUGCUAAACCGAGGAAGAUUUAGGCAACAUGUCUGGGUUCUUUUUGAUGUUACGGAAGAGAAAA